AUCCUCUGAUCAGGAUCUGGUUUCUUUGGAGCAAGAUGGCCUAAAUGUUGAGAAGUUGGGAGCAUGUGUCAAAGGCACAGUGUUGUAUGUGGCUGCUGAUAACUUGGCUGCUCAUUCUUUUGCAGGAUUCUUUGAGAGCUUUGGAGUGGACAAGUUCUGCAGGUUCUGCAUGGCAACGAUGAGUGAGAUCCAAGACAAGGAGAUGGCAGCACACCAGAAGAUGACCUUGAGAGUAAUUUUCACAGAGACGGAUAUAAGAAAGGUUGUUCUGAAUACGAGACCCACUACAGUGGAGGAUUUGAUAGUGUGCAAUCUGACAGAUAUCGAAGAUCUUCCUGAAAAACCAACAGUCAAGGUCAUCCCUCUACUUGAGUUGGUAUCUGUCUCAACAUCUGAAGAAAUCUUGAGUGGCACACCCAGUGUAGCAGAUACAGAGAUCCUCUCUACAUCCUCGCAGGAGCGACAGAAACAGUGGCCAGAUUGUUUUGAUAUCCCAGAUUUUUCUGUUGAUGUAGCAUAUAGACUUAGGCAAGCAGAUCAUCAGUUUCUUCGUGAUGGUACGCACCUGAAAGUAACAAAAGAGCUGAAACAUGAGAUUCUUGAAAGAUUGGCAGAGAGCAUGUAUAGUUGCACAGCAUACCCAAAUAAUGCUCAGUUUGAAAGUGUUGCACAAGCCCUCAUAAGCAAGCACCCCUCUCUCCAGGAGCGAGGCUCAACCAGUCGCUGUAGUGGCUGGAAAAAUAGUCUAAAAUUUAAAAUGGCUAAUUACAGAACAAAGCGCAGAAGAUCAGGGUGCCUUGAUGUAGCAGUAAAUGCAGGGAAAUGAGGAGGGCAUUCAACUGAAGGAGAACCAGCCAACAAGAACAUCAAGAAAGGCGAGAUCAACUUCUUACCCAACUUUCCAGAGGGAUUUAAUCAGGUAGCCCUUGAGGGUGCCCACAAAGACUUGGUUAAUGAAAUGCAGAAGAGAACACCAAAUGGACAGCUUGUGAAAGAGAAGAUGGAUCUGACAUUUGCAUUGAGAAGAAAAGAGGUGGUGGAGUCAGAACCUGCUGUAUGUGAGAU